AUGGCAACAAUAAAUAAAGUUGAAUUAUAUUUAGCAAAUAAUCUUGAAGAAUUAAAUAAACGUGCUGAUGAUAAUCCAUCUAUUCAAAAAGCUAAAUUAUCAAGUUGUGCACAAAUAACUCAUGUCAUUGAAACAACAUGGGCUGAAGCAAAAAAAGCAGAAUUGAAUAACGAUGAAGAACGUGCUUAUAUUAUUUAUAUGAGAUUAUUUGCUUGUUUUACUGCUUUGAAACAAGCAAAAGAUGUUGCUCAUAAUCAAAGUAGUGUACAAUAUUAUCAAAAAGGUGCUUUGAUUUGGUUGGAGAAAGCAGAUCAAUUAUCAGCAAGUCUAAAAGCAAGAUAUGAUGCAAAAAAUGAAGCAAAACUUGAAGAAGAAAGAAAAAAGCAAGCAGUUAUUGAAGAAGAAAAUUCUCUUGAAAAAUCAAUUGGGCCUAAAUUACUCUAUAAAUAUUUAAAUGAACGUAAAAAGAAUAUUUUAUUAAUUGAUAUGCGUUCAAAAGUUGAUUAUGAUCAAUCACAUAUGAAAACAUCUGCUUGUAUUCAUAUUCCAGCUGAUCUUAUGAAUGGAAAAGGAUGGACAUCAUGGGGUAUAGAAUCAGCAUUAACAGAUUCGAAUGCUGCAACAAAAUUUAAACAACGUGCAAAUUUUGAUUAUAUUAUUUUAUUUGAUGAUGAUACUUAUGAAAAUAAUUUAAAAUCUGGACAUUGUUUAAUGGGUUUAAAACAAGCUAUAUUUUCAUUUGAUCAAGACGUUAAACUUAAACAUGAACCAUUAAUUCUUGAUGGUGGUUACGAAGAUUGGAUGACAUAUUAUCCAGGCGAGAGUACAGCACCCUUAAUUUCGAAAAAAAAUAUUGGAGAACUUCGAUCAUUUGAGGUUUCCUAUCCGGAUGAUGUGUAUAUACCUGAAGAAGUACCAAGCGAUGCAGCAACUGCUGCUCAACCCGAAGCAGCAAUUAUUCCGCCAGCAAUUGUUCCACAAAUUGAUCGAACACGAAAACCGAUUAAUAACCAAAAACCUGAAUCAACUGUUAUCGAACAACAAGAAUUGUCAACUAAACCAAUUGAAGAAGAACAACCAACACCCACACCAACACCAACACCGCCAGUAGUAGUAACAAAAGAACAACCUGAAAUUCCAGAUCGAUCAAUGAAACCAGUACCACCACCAUCAGAACCUUCUUCAUCAAUAAGUGAAGAAUUGCCCAUUACUCCAAUAAUACCAGAUAUUGCAUUACGUCCUUCAUCAGUGACACCAAUAAUUCCGAAUACUAAUAUCACUCCUGAAAUCCCAAAACCGCCAAAACCAAUCGAUACAAAUGAAAAUAAAAAUGUUUCAAAUAGAGAAAAUAUUCCACCAAAAGAUACUUCAAAAAUUCCUAUGCCAACUCGUGAAACACUUCCUAUCUAUCGUCCAUUCAAUCGAACUGUACCAAUUAAUAAUACAAAUGAACAAUAUAGAAAAAAAUUUGAUGCUGUUACCGGUCGUAAAAUAAUUCUCGAUACAAAAAAUAAUCGAUACGUAACAGAUAUUCCAGAAAAUGAAACAAAUAAAACUUCUAAUCAGAUAAUACCAACAAUCAAUCGUGACACUAAACCACUAUUAACCGAACAAACACGUCAGCAAAUAGCAUAUGAUUAUCGUGCAAUUGCUGAUAAUUUACAAAUAAAUCGUCGUACUGGUUUAAAAAAUCUAGGAAAUUCAUGUUAUAUGAAUUCAAUAAUUCAAUCUUUAAGUUUUAAUUUUAUAUUAACAAAUUAUUUUUUAAAAGGUGAUUUUAUUAAAGAUAUAAAUACAAAAAAUAAAUUUGGUUCAGGUGGAUUAGUUGUUAAAGAAUGGUUUAAAUUAAUUUAUUUGUUAUGGUGUCAACAAUAUUCAUAUAUUGCACCACAACCAUUCAAAUAUGUUGUUGGAACACUUCAAAAUGCUUAUUUAGGUACACAACAACAAGAUGCACAUGAAUUUCUUGUAUUUUUACUUGAUUCAUUACAUGAAGAUCUUAAUCAAGCUACUCGUCCGCGUGUUGAAGAACUCAAAUCAGAAAAUUAUAAAAAUGAUCGACAAUUAGCUGAAGCAAGCAAACAAGCAUUUCUUUCACAUAAUAGAUCAAUAAUAAUUGAUCUUUUCUAUGGUUUAUUUAAAUCGACCACAAUAUGUUUGUCAUGUUCAUAUAAUUCUAUUCGUUUUGAUGCCUUUGCAAUAAUAAGUGUACCUAUUCCACCUGUUCGACAAUGUUCAUUAGAUGAUUGUUUAGAUUUAUUUCGGGAAUUUGAACAUUUAACAGGAGAAGAACGUUAUGAAUGUUCAAAUUGUAAACGUUUAUCAGCAAAAAAACGGCGUUUAGAUAUUUGGGAAUUACCAAAAAUAUUUAUUGUGCAUUUUAAACGUUUUCGUCUUCAACAAACACAUUAUAUAAAAAAUGAAACUUUAAUUCGAUAUCCAAUAUCAAAUGUUGAUUUUUCCCGUUGGUCUCAAACGCCAUCACCAUCAAAAUAUUCCCUUGUAUCUGUUGUAAAUCAUUUUGGUUCAAUGAAUAGUGGUCAUUAUACAUCUUAUUGUAAUGAUAGUAAACAAUGGUAUUAUUGUGAUGAUCAUUCAAUUCGUUCAGCUGAUGUACGCGAACUUGCACAUAAUGUUCAUGCUUAUCUUCUUUUCUAUUCUUCGAUACCACCACAGCAAUUACGUUUACCUUUAAUUUCAAAUUAG